GCAGUAUUCACAAAUUGCGUCUCUACCUGUAAAUAAAGAAAGGGGCAUUUGGUAAUAUCUAUCUGCUGUGACUAAACUAAAUCAAUACGAACAGAUGUGAAAUAAAUUCAACUCUAGCCCAACCAAACAAUAUGGAAACUCCGGAGGCCAAAGCAGCUUCAAUGACAGGCGACUUUUUCUAUGGGUGGGAUCUAUUGUUUAAGACGAUCCGGGCUGAUGUCAACAAGAAGUCCGACGUCUUGAUAGCUCUGGUGCAUUUUCUGCUGACCAAGCACUACAAAUUUCGCUGCGUGGGAAUUGGCGAUGAUAAAACACUAUCAGAGGAGGAUGUGGGAAGUGAGCUGCUUCCCGACAACUGGAACGACGAUGACACCAAGUACUCAUUGCGCUAUGAGCACGAGAAGGUUCUCUAUCUGCUUAUCGCACACAUAACCGAAGAAGACUUGCUUCUCAAUUUAUUGGACAUCAAUACCAAGAAGGUGUCCAAUAUUUGCAUCGACCCGGAAAACUUGGUUGCCGCUGUGAAGGGAAACAUUAGUACAUUGAUGCCAACUGCUUCGGAGAUUGUCGAACGCUUCCGCAAGGAGUUGUUGGACCCGGUUUUUACAGGUAAUUCGUGCGAAGUGACGACUCAGACCAGCACAGAGCCACAGCGAUCCAAUGGAGCGGAUCCAUUGCGCAUAGGGGAACCAAGACGUGGCGGAUCAUUUACGCCCGGAGGAUAUGAGCCUCGUCCUUUUGGCUUCCCGGACAUCGGUCGCGGGGACCUGGACCCACUCGGUCGCGGUGGUCCUGGUAAUCUAUUCACGUUUCCCUCGCGUCCCGGUCUGCCUGGAAAUGGUAUGCCAUUUCCGCGCUUCGAUCCGUUCGGGCCCAACGAUCCGAACAUACCAAACCGCGGUCCCAAUCCAGAUCACAUGCGCCCACCCAACUGGGACUCCGAUUACUAUUUGUAAAUGAAGUCGUCGCAGUGCAGUGCCAGAUAUAUCAAUAUUUUAUAAUCCAUAGUACACACACUUUAAACAUUUGGAAUGAAAAUCAGAAUGAAAUGGACCUUUAUUUUCUUGAAGAUAAUUUUAUUAUUGUUCAUAGUACACAAUACAGAAUAUUUUGAUAUAGAAUAAAAUUCAAUUCAGCCUGCAAA